AUGGCCACCCUCCUUCGAAGGCCAGGCAACCUUGCUCGAAUCUCGAGGAGAGCCACACUAUCCAUCACUCGCUCAGCCUUCGGACCUGCGCGGACCGCUCCUUCGAGUCUGGCUUCUAUCAUUGCAUCCCAACGCCUACGAACGUAUGCUACAAGUGGGUCUGGGCCUCCGAAGCCCCCGAACGACAACUCUGGGGCCUCCCAGGAUCAAGAGCGCUCGGUCUUGAGCCCGCAGGAACAAAAGGAUCUGGACGCAUUCGUGAAGCGUCUCGAGCAAAUCGCCCCGGAGUCCCAACAUGAAAUGAUCCAGGAAGCGCGGAAGCAAAUGAUGCGGCAAGGAAUCGCCGACGAAAUCAAGCCUUACCUCAGCAGAGACCAGCCCGCGUCAUUGAUGGAUCACAUGCGGAUGGUGCGAUUUGUCUUGAAGUUCGCGAGCGAGCAAAUUGAUAAAGAACUAGAGCGAGACGGACAUAUCACACGCGCUCAAAAGGAUGUUGAUUCGACAAAAAAGACGGGUGACGAUGCCGAGGCCCUGAACAACAAGAAUAAAGGGGAGGAGCAGUCUCAGAAGAAGCAAAAUGGGGAAGAAGAGCCUCCUCGCAAGGACGAAGAGGAGGAGCGAAUUCGUGAAGAAUUGCGCAAGAAGAAAGAACAGGAGCAAAAGAGAAAGCAGCAAGGCCUACCCCCGAAUGCCCGCGUCUUCAAACUCAAGCUUGACCCUACCUCCUUUUUUAUUACAGCACUCGUUGCCUAUUACAUCUACCGGAGUUUCUUCCCUAGUGAGAGUGCCAGCAGCCGAGAAAUUACCUGGGAGGAAUUCCGAGCAAACUAUCUCAACAAGGGCCUGGUGGAGAGAUUGACAGUCUUGAAUCAGAGCAGAGUUCGGGUUGAUCUCAGGCGAGAAGUUACUGACCAGACGUCGGACUCUAGCGGCCAGCCUGUUUCCCACGUGUACUUCACCAUUGGCUCCGUUGAUGGCUUCGAGAGAAAGCUUGAAGAUGCUCAAGAGGCACUGGGCAUCCCACUCAAUGAGAGAAUUCCCGUUGCUUUCGUCGAGGAAGUCCCUUGGGGUAGUGCUUUGUUGUCAUUCGCCCCUACUUUGCUUAUUUUCGCUAGUAUCUUCUGGCUCUCUCGUCGUGCUGGCGGCGGAGCCGGUGGCCAGGGCGGAAUUUUUGGCAUUGGCAAGAGCCGUGCUAAGAGGUUCAAUCAUGAAACUGACAUCAAAGUCAAGUUCUCUGAUGUCGCCGGUAUGGAUGAGGCUAAGGUUGAGAUCAUGGAGUUCGUCAGCUUCCUUCAGCAACCCGAGCGAUUCCAGAAGCUCGGUGCUAAGCUUCCCCGUGGUGCCAUUCUCUCGGGCCCUCCAGGUACUGGUAAGACACUUCUUGCCAAGGCCACUGCUGGUGAGUCCGGCGUGCCUUUCUUCAGCGUCAGUGGUUCCGAAUUCGUUGAGAUGUUCGUUGGUGUUGGUCCGUCCCGUGUCCGUGAUUUGUUCGCCAACGCUCGGAAGAAUACACCUUGCAUCAUCUUCAUCGACGAAAUCGAUGCUAUUGGCAAAUCCCGUGCGAAGUCGAACUACGGCGGUGGAAACGAUGAACGUGAGAGCACGCUCAACCAGAUUCUCACUGAGAUGGACGGUUUCAACACUUCUGAACAAGUUGUGGUCCUGGCUGGUACCAACCGCGCUGAUGUCCUUGACAAGGCUCUCAUGCGCCCGGGCCGUUUCGAUCGUCACAUUACUAUUGAUGCGCCUACUAUCGACGGCCGAAAGCAGAUUUUCCGGGUGCACUUGAAGAAGAUCGUCACCGAUGAGGACCUGGACUACUUAGAGGGCAGACUUUCUGCUCUGACCCCUGGAUUUGCUGGAGCUGAUAUUGCUAACUGUGUCAACGAAGCAGCUCUUGUUGCCGCGCGUGAAAACGCUGAUAAGGUCGUCAUGAGACACUUCGAACAAGCUAUCGAGCGAGUCAUUGCUGGCUUAGAGAAGAAGUCACUGGUCCUGUCCCCCGAAGAAAAGCGCGUUGUUGCCUAUCACGAGGCUGGUCACGCUAUCUGUGGCUGGUACUUCAAGUGGGCCGAUCCUUUACUCAAGGUGUCGAUUAUUCCGCGUGGCUCGGGAGCACUGGGAUACGCUCAAUAUCUUCCCGCCAACGGCGACACAUACUUGCUGAACACCCGCCAGAUCAUGGAUCGUAUGGCCAUGACUCUCGGUGGCCGUGUUAGCGAAGAGAUUCAUUUCGACACUGUGAGCAGCGGUGCCAGUGAUGAUUUCAACAAGGUUACCCAAUUAGCGACUGCCAUGGUCACGAAGUACGGUAUGUCGAAGUUGGGCUUCAUUUACUACGAUGAGUCCACCACGCAGCAAUAUACCAAGCCCUUCUCUGAGGAAACCGGACGCAACAUCGAUAUUGAAGUCCGCCGGAUCAUCAACGAUGCGUACAAACAGUGCAGUGAUCUUCUGAAGGAGAAGAAGAAGGAGGUCGGUCUCGUCGCUGAAGAGCUCCUUUCUAAGGAGGUUCUCAGCCGUGAUGACAUGGUUCGUCUGCUGGGCCCCCGACCCUUCACUGAGUCCAAUGAGUUCAGCAAAUACUUCAACAACCGCGAUGGCACAGUCAUCGCGCCACCAGCUUCUGAAGACCCCGAAGCAACAUCUGGCAAGGAUGGCCGAGACCAGACGCCCAUUCCUUGA